AUGGCGGCGCACUAUUUUCCAAACGAAAUCAUAUCCGAUAUUCUCUUAAGACUGCCCGUGAAAUCCCUAAUGAGAUUCAUUGGCGUCAAUAAAGCAUGGUUCUCCAUUAUCAAUAGCCCUACCUUUGCUUUCACUCACCUCGCCCGCACAAACCGUUCCCAUGACAAUCAUAAUGAUCGCCUUCUCCUUCUAACAGUUUCUUGUAAGGCUAAGGAAGAGCCUAAGGGCCGCCGCAGAUACAUUACCACCGCUGUCACUGCUGGCCUUGGCAAACAAGUAACAGAACAAGACCAGUCAAUCAAAUCGUUCGAUGAAAAUAUAGAGUUGAGUUUCUCGUACAAAAACUUGAAGCAUUUUGAGGUGGUUGGUUCCUGCAAUGGGUUGGUGUUGUUAAAGCGUUACGUCAACACCCUUGUUCUGUGGAACCCAUUGCUUGGAAAAUUUGUAACCCUUCCUAAACCCGGCAAUUCUGGGUACAACGAGUCUUGGCUGCGUUCUACUGGUUGGGAAUUUGGGUUUGAUUUACGGAAAAACGACUGCAAAGUGGUGAAAAUUGUUUGCUUAGAAAACAAUAUUGGCAGUGCUAAAGUUGACUCUCUGGUUCAGGUUUUCUCACUCCGUACUGGGUGUUGGAGAAGCUUUAGAGUUGGUGUUCCUGCGUGUCAAUUAACUCACCGUGGUUUGCCACCAGUCAUUAAUGGGCCUCUCCAUCGUUUUAUUGACCGUCGCCCGCAACCUUUCAUCAAUGGAGCCAUCCAUUGGCUUGCUUCAUCCCAAAUUGGCAACCCUAUUUUUCACCGCCGAACUUUGGUCUUGUCAUUUGAUAUAAGCAAUGAGAUACUUCGUGAGAUAAUGCUACCAAAAAAAAAAAUAGCUUUUUCUUCCCCACCAGUCCUGUCUAUCUCAGUAUACGGAAAAUCACUUGCUGUGUUUGUUGCCUCAUCAGCUUCUUUAGGUUCUUUGUGGGUGAUGAGAGAAUAUGGUGCAGUUAAGUCAUGGACGGAAGUUUUAAUGGGCCGACCUCUACCAAAACCAUUGGGUUUUACUACGAGCGACGAGGUACUAUGGAAGACUGAUAGUGGAGACGUAGCUUCAUACCAUCCUAAGAGGCCAAAAGUUUUGAAUCAUAGAGUUGAUGAUGAGGGAAUCCAUUGUUUUGCUGGUUCUUAUGUGGAGAGCCUUGUUUUACUCAACGAAUCAGAUCUUGCAACAAAACGACGAAGCAAGAAGGGGAAUAGAAGAGCAACGAAGCAAAAGAGAUCAGUGAUUGACUGCUUGGAACCCUACCAAAAGACCUCGUCAGGAAGUCCAGGCAGAGAAUGUCGCUUUUGGAGCUGA